GUUCCUUCAGCAUACGCUCUGCUUGGAUGUACUCUCCUUCUUUGCUGGGACUAGCCGGAUGCAUGUAUAGCUGGAUAACUUGGUUCAAAAACAUGCCUUUUUCUGUGCUUUACUUCAGUUUCUGCUCCUUUUUCAGGUGGAUUGCCAGCUGCUGACUGCUCUUGUACCUCUAAACCAAGGCAUGCUACGUGUUCACUGCCAAUGACGAUGACCAUGACCCUUCACACAAAAAAACCUGGUGUUGCUUUAAUGCACCAGAUACAAGGCAAUGAACUAGAGCCUGUGAACAGACCUCAGAUGAAGAUUCCUCUGGAACGGCCGAUCAGCGAAAUGUAUGUGGACAGCAGCAAGACUGGGGUUUUCAACUACCCAGAAGGGGCUGCUUAUGAUUUUUCAACUGCCUCUCCGGUAUAUAGUUCAACCAGCCUCAGUUAUGCCCCAACAACAGAAUCGUUUGCGUCUAGCAACCUAGGAGGAUUUCAUUCUUUGAAUAAUGUUCCUCCAAGUCCAGUAGUGUUUUUACAGACAGCACCACAGCUUUCCCCUUUUAUUCAUCACCACAACCAGCAAGUACCUUACUACCUUGAGAAUGAAUCAAACAGCUUUGCUAUGCGAGAAGCUGCUUCAACAGCCUUCUACAGACCAGGCUCAGAUAACAGACGUCACAAUGGCAGGGAGAGACUGGCUAGCACCAGUGACAAAGGAAACCUGCCCAUGGAAUCCACCAAGGAGACCCGGUACUGUGCUGUGUGCAACGACUAUGCUUCAGGCUACCAUUAUGGUGUUUGGUCCUGUGAGGGUUGCAAAGCUUUCUUCAAAAGAAGUAUUCAAGGUCACAAUGACUAUAUGUGUCCUGCUACUAACCAGUGCACCAUUGACAAGAACAGGAGGAAAAGCUGCCAGGCUUGCAGGCUACGUAAAUGCUAUGAAGUUGGAAUGAUGAAAGGUGGAAUUCGGAAAGACCGCAGAGGGGGCCGUAUGCUGAAACACAAACGUCAAAGAGAGGAAAAUGACAGCAGAAAUGCAGGAGCUUUAACUGAGGCAAGGAGCACUGCUCUUUGGCCGAGUCCCCUGAUGAUCAAACAUAGCAAAAAGAACAGUCCAGCCUUGUCUCUGACUGCAGAUCAGAUGGUCAGUGCUUUACUAGAGGCAGAGCCACCUGUUGUCUACUCAGAAUAUGAUCCUAGCAGGCCUUUCAAUGAAGCUUCUGUGAUGACACUGCUAACCAACCUUGCUGACAGAGAACUGGUGCACAUGAUCAACUGGGCAAAAAGAGUUCCAGGAUUUGUGGAUUUAGCACUCCAUGAUCAAGUCCAUCUACUGGAAUGUGCCUGGUUAGAGAUAUUGAUGAUUGGCUUAGUGUGGCGAUCCAUGGAGCAUCCAGGAAAGCUGUUGUUUGCCCCUAACCUAUUAUUGGACAGGAACCAUGGGAAGUGUGUUGAGGGUUUUGUGGAAAUAUUUGACAUGUUGUUGGCCGCUUCUUCUCGCUUUCGAAUGAUGAAUGUCCGGGGAGAAGAAUUUGUGUGCCUUAAAUCCAUCAUCUUACUCAAUUCUGGUAUCUAUACAUAUCUUUCCAGUACCUUAAAAUCACUAGAGGAAAAGGAUCAUAUCCACCGUGUCCUAGAUAAAAUCACGGAUACUUUGAUGCAUUUGAUGGCCAAAUCAGGCCUCUCUCUACAGCAGCAGCAUAGACGACUGGCUCAGCUUCUUCUCAUCCUUUCCCACAUCAGGCACAUGAGCAAUAAGGGAAUGGAGCACCUUUAUAGCAUGAAGUGCAAGAAUGUGGUCCCUCUGUAUGAUCUUUUGCUGGAAAUGCUAGAUGCCCACCGCUUGCAUGCCCCUGCAGCAAGAAGCAGCCCUCCAAGGGAAGAUGAUCCUCUGAAUCAGCUCGUUGUCACAUCUCCUUCAGUGCAUUCCUUGCUACCUUGCUAUGUGAACAAACAGGAAGAGGAAAAUGAGCAAGAAGCAGUUUGAGAGUCUACAUUUCAAUGAGCCCAGAUAUUUCUGAGAAUCCCAUCAGCAGACCACCUAAUUCAGGCUUACCUGAACUUGUACCAUGUGUAAGCACUCCAGUAUUUGCCAAUUAUAAUUGCCAAACUGAUUGUUUAAAUUCCUAAUGAAAGAACAUUUUAUCAAUUUAAUCACAACAUGGGGUUCAGAAAACAAUCCUUUGUUGUAAGUGUUAAAUAUCACACAAUCCUAAGGAUUCCUGUAGUUUUUGCUGGUGUCAAAUUAAAAAAUUGGGUGGCCUUUAAAAAGGAAAUCACUUGGGCAAAAAUCCUACCUGGGUUUGAGUAGUGAUGUUUACAUGUAAUGUUUAUUGGCUCUUUUUAAAAGUCAAGAAUUUUACCACACAUACACUAAAAGCAAUGACAGUGACAAGCUCAAAUUUUGUUAGACUUCUUUCAUUCAUAUUUUAAGAGAAAGAAAAAAAUGGCAGUGGAAUUUGGUUGCCUCUGUGGGACUUUUUUCUUUCAGGGAUGUAGUCAAUAUACAGCAAGAUGAUUUUUAUUAACUCUUUAAACUGCUUGUACAACUGAUUCAGCAAACAAACAAACAAACAAACAAAACACCUUUCACUUAACUUGUUGCGGGGAGUGAAACUUGAGGUGCUAGGUUAUAGUCAUAUUCAUAGUGGGUUUCACAUUAUUGUAAAGAUGGGCAGGUAGUUUUCAAUUCACAUGAAGAAUUCCUAGCUGGGCAGCUAAAGGCAGAAGCUGAGACCCUGCCUCCUGAUCUUGCCACAGUGCCAUAACUGUGCUUUCCGUCCAACCCUUGAAAUCCAUCUUAAAAGCUAGUCAGCCAUCUGGAGCAAUGGAUGUCUGUGCUGCUUCUGAGGAAGGUGCUGCCAGAUGACAUGUCCAGUGCCCUCUUUCUAAAGAGCAGUGCUCUGCCCAGAAGCAGGGACCCCUGUUGAGAUCCCUGUCUGUGAACAUCUAGAAGGCAAUGCCAUAAUCACAAAAAGUCAACAUGGGUUUCAGAGAAACAAGUCAUGCCAGACAAAUCUGAUCUCUUUCUUUGAUAAAGUUACCAGCUUGGUAGAUGAAGGGAAGGCAGGGUGUUGGACUGGAUGGCCCAUGCGGUCUCUUCCAACUCUAUGAUUCUAUGAUCUGUAGCACCUCUUUAUCACAGUGCCAUUUGCUGGUGGGAGGGAAUUAUUUACGUCAUCCUGCAGCACCCCAGUUGGCAGCAGCACAGACUUUCAUCACUUCAAAUGGCUGGCUGACUUUUAAGGUGGGUUCCUCUGUCAUUUGUGGUUGUAGCAAUAGUGCCAUGAUUGCAAAUGAGAAUACAAAGCAGUUAUGGUGUCCUAAGUCUAACUUAGAAUAUUGGGCCUGGUUAAGAGGAUGCCAGCCAGAAUUUGAUAUAUAUGUCUACUGAGGUCUGUAGUGAAUCCAAAUUAAAGGAUUCCUAGUUUAAAACAAUAUACUUUACACCAGUGGUCCCCAAACUGUACCUUUGAAGAGAUUUUGGACUUCAGCUCCUGGAAGCCUCAGUAGUCUGGGAUUCUGGGAGCCGAAGUCCAAAAUCUCUUAAAGAGCACAGUUUGGAGUCCACUGCUUUAUCCAAUUGUGAGUCACUUUGACAAUUACAGGUGGUCACCACAUGGAUUUUAAUAUACAUCAAUCAUUGCCUAUCACCUUUGAUUUGAAAGGUAAUUAAUAGAUUUUAUGAACAGAAAGAUAUAUUGAUAUGAUCCAGUCUGUAUAUUAUCUGAUAUGGUAUGUGCAGCCUGGAAAAAUUCUCUACAAUUCUCAGAACUUAUAGCCACUGGCCACAGUGGCGAGUAGGUUCUGGGACUUGUUUUUCCAGAGAACACCUUUUUACAGCUUUGAUGUAAUGGAUAGCCACCUUGGGUCCCUUUUUGGGAGAAAGGAGGCAUAUAAAUAAAUAAAUAGACAGACAGGCAAAUUCUGGCAAUGGAAAAUCUACUUUGGCUGCCAGCCCCAAAAGGGGGCACUGCAUUGGAAUAGAAACUACCGAGACGAUCUGUCUUUCCCACUUGAUUUUGCCAUUUUCUAAUCCCAGUGAGCCAUAUGCACAGGCAAGCAGCAGCUUCACUGUUUGGGUGGCUUAGGAAUUUGGUUUUAAAGAAAACUGUUGUUUCUAAUGGUUGUUCUGUUUUCCAGAAAUUGUGGGUCUGCUCAGUACAAUCCAUACUACACAGGAGAAGGUAAAUUGAGCUCCCUAGAUUCCAUUUAGGUCAUGUAGCAAGCCCUUAUGUUUGUAUCAGAUGCUCCCCAUUGUACAAAAAUGCACCUGAGCUCUGUGUUGGGGGGGGGGGGGGAAUACUACUGGCAGAAAGGAGGAGUGAAGUGAGUAAAGGACAAUUUGUGUUGCACUACAAGAGAGGUCACUGUCUGCCUUUUUUUUUACCAUGCACAUACUGACCCCAACCAAAGUGAUGAGAACUCAAAUGGGGCAGAAUAGACCUAAAUCUGCAGGUGAUCAUCACUCGCUGCUUUUGUUAUGUAUUCUGUGUUCCUGCCGCCACCCCUAAGCUAUAGAAAGCAUUACAGCACUAAUGUUGUGAAUAGUUUUCAUCUUGUCUUGAUUUGAUAGUGCUUUCACCAAUGCCUAUAUCUUCAGCUUCAUUUUUGGCGGCCUUGCUUUUUAUUAAUGUAAUGAAGUAUUUGUCUUUGUGCAAUCAAAAGGUAAAACUACAAAAAAAAAAAAAAUCUGCUUUGAAACUUUCUCCAAACUAUUGGGGUCUACAAAGUGCCUUGUUAAAAAUGAUGCAUUUUAAUUUUGAAGCGCUCAUGUUGUAGCUUAUUUCUGUAUCAUUGAUGCACUUGUAUAUUGCACUGCAUGAUGUAUAAGCAAGAAAACAUACGUGUGGGAGCCACAAUUUAAAUAAGCAGCACAGUUUUAUCCAUUUGUAUUGCUGUGCUUCACUAAGGUUGCAAUCCUAGGUUGCUGCUAAACAGCAGAUUUAAUGCCCUUUGACAUUGCUUUGACUGUCAUGGCUCCAUCCUAUGGAAUCCUGGGAUUUGUAGUUUGUUGUGGUACCAGACCUCUCUGCCUGAGAAGGCUAAAUGUUUAGCACAGCUACAAAUCCCAGAAUUCCAUAGCAUAGCCCUGUCAAACUGCAUUAAUUCUGCAGUAUAGAUGCAGCCCUAUACACAUUUUCCUAGGAGUAAGUCCCAUUCUACUGAAUGGUACUUCCUACUAUGUACGUAUAGAACUGCACUGUAAUAAAUUUAACGCCCCUGUUUUUUUUACGAUGGGAUACUAUUAGCUGUUUCCCAAUCCACUUGUUCUUUGUCAGCAGAGAGCUCUAAUCUGUAAAAUGAAUUCUCAGUUCAUUUCAGUGAAAAUGGCACUUCCAUUGAAGACAUUUGAGAUGCCAAGAGCCUUUCCCUCCAUGAAAAUGAAUGGGAAUAAAAUUUCAGGCAAAGAGCUCUAUGGGUGCAAUGGAAAACAGGCAUUGCAUUAGAGAAUUAUGAGUUAGACCUCUAGAAUGGGGGUGUAUACAGCAGAAUUAAGCCAUUACUGAUCUCAAGAGGAUAACUAUUUCCUUGGUUCUCCCAAGCCACUCAGUAGAUUUACAUUAAUUUCAGUAACUGACAAAACAGUGUUUUUGGUGAAGAGCCACUGAAUGCAUUGUUUUGAGUGGUGAAGUAAAACGGUCAGAACAAAACAAAGCUAUCGGGGAGUGGGAGAACCAUAACACCUUGCUGUGAGAUUUUAUGUUUUUUUUCCAUCUUUAGGUUUAAAGUCAAUAUACAUGUGAUGGGUUGAGAUUGGAAGUCCAAGGGGUGGGUGGGAAAUGUGUUGCUUUCUGGUAAAAGUCUUAACUGUAAGGAAAAUGUCUAGUUGUCAUUAUUGUUAGUCUGCUGAAAUGCAUUGUUUUAUCAUUAUUAUUGAAAGCACCUUAAAUAAUGCAGAGUGUGUGUUUUUAUGCAUAUUAUACACACAUGCAGAGCUCACCUAUCAGACAACUGAAUGUAGCUAUUCUAUAAACUCAUUCAACCAACUGAAAUACAAUGAAAUCACCACACUUUGUUUAUAUACUUUUCAGCUAUCUUAUCUCAUAUGCAAUCAUUGGUACCUGAGGCUUGGCGAUUGUUAGAAAUCACUAUUUCAUAUCAAUUUUUAUAUUUACAAUAGUCAAAGCAGCAGUAACUUAGCCUAAUACUGAAAAUGAUAAGGAAACAAUCCUUUAAUGAAAGAAGAACAUUCAAGGCAGCUAAUUAUGCUUUUUACCAAAAUCGUACAAAUAUUGCUCUGAGAUAUACCUAACAGGGCACAAGGAGUUUUCUUUAAAAACAAAACAAAAGAUUUAUACUUAGAUGUAAAAGCAACAAAAUAUAUGCCCUAGGGAUAUAGGAAAUACAGUGCUACAUGCCAAAUCAGAAGAGAGCCAAUUAAUUUGCCUUACUCUGAAUGUCAGUUAGGAGGUUCACAAAGAGAAAAGGGAGUGGUAUUUUGUGUUGUUGCUUGUUUUAGUGGUGGCAUUUUUUUUAGUAGGGGCUCUCCCCCGCCCCCCGCCCCCCAAUGAAAGCUGUUUUUGUAUUCAGUAACACUGUGAACACUUGAUUGGGCACAGUUCCUCUCACACAAAGUUUCCCUCCUGCGGCCGUCCUCUUCUGUGUGGCAGGGAAAUUACCCUUUACAUCUUUGUGCCACAAAUCACCAUUCCCUUAUAUAUCCUGCUAUGCACAGAGAAGCAAAACUGAUCCAUCCCUCUGCUUCUCACAUGAAGGAAGCAAACACUCGUAUGAGGUUGUAGCACACAAUGAGAAUGGCAUUAUCUACCAGAGCAGUACAGGUAUAGUCCAAUGAAAUGUAAACAACCAAUUUGCUCUUCCAGACUGUCUCUCUAGCCAUAUUUUUACUUGCAUCAUUGCAAGAAUGAAUGCCUCCACACUCAAGUUUUCUUGUGUGGUGCUAAUGUUGUAUAUGCAGUGGCACUCUUCUAUUCUUGGAUAUUUCUGGAAUGAGCUAAGGGAGGAGCAACAAAAAUUCACAGCUGCAUCACCCUGAUGUAUCUGUGCAGAAUGACUUUUCUUUAAAGACCUUUUAGUUUCAGAUCUUUUGUGGCAACAAAUGCUCAGGAUUUGUGUGAAGAAGGUGAUAAUAGUCAGAGAUAUUGACCAGAAGCCUGCCAGUGGUUUAUGAUGGUAUAAUCUCCUGUUACACUAACAUAACUAUUUUCAUUGUGCAAGGAGGCAUCUAGCAUCUUCCUGUGCAAUGCAGGACAGCAGAACAGCUUCCAGGCCCAACUCUGGCCUCCCUGACCACUGGUUUGCUAUGGGGAUGUUUCUGGUUGCUUUAUGCAAUGGUUCACCCUCUGUUGAGCAGGAUAGGGAAGCUGGCAGAGAUCACACCUCCAGUAGUCCUCUUGGAUCUUGGCUGUUGUCCUCUUUCACCAGCAGUAUGUGCUGAGAAAUGAUGCAAAUGAACUAAUUUUUCUUGUUGAGGAAAGUCAGUCCUCAUCGUUUAAUGGCUCACUCUGCAGACAGUAAAGCAGAGGUGGACAUAUACUGAAAUUAGAAGAGGCCUCAGCUGACAGACCAAGAGUAGAUAAAGGGGCUUCUACAGACUCUUGUUUCUUGUUCCUUGAUCUGUUGUCAAACUAUCAUUACACUUUUGUCCCCAGCCCCAUGGAGUGGUCUCUCUAAGGAACAACCACAAUUUUCCCCACCUUGUGGGCUGCUCUGCAGUGUUGAGGGACCCUUUUGCAUAUUGUUAUGGACCCAGUCCUCCCACACUGAAAACUGAUGAGCGCUUGAUCCAGUCAACACUGCAGAAUAUCCUGUUCCACACCACAUGAAUGGCCCUGAAUGAGGAUGCACUUUCCCAGCCACACUAAAAGUUGGAUCCAGCCAGUUCAAGGGAACCAGGACAAAUGCCACAAUGUACACCUUCAUUCACGUUGAGUAUACACACAGAAUUCUGCUUCCGUAUAUAGUUCACUAUUACGGGAUCUUGGUGCUAGUGUUUGCCGUUAGUUUCGGUGUGAACCUGAGCCUUUGUUUCAUAUGCUAGUUCUUAAUGCUACUGCUUUUAAUGCCAGCCAACUUUUAAGUAAGUGAACUUUUGGAGAUGCAAACACUCAAGGUAUUUCCUGCUGAAUCGGUCAAAUGAAUCGAUUGCUUUAUGUUGCAAGCCAGCUACUCUGAAAGCUAUUUUUCAAAUAUGCCGUGGCUUUGUGAAGUGAGUCUUCAGAUCUGAAGUGAGUGCUAAGUUACAGUUGAUCUUAGUGCAGUAUUUUGAAAGCUAUCAGGCCUAACAUGGACAGCAUCAUUGGAAUGGAAUUGUGAUAUAAACCUUGGGGUACCAAUAGAAAUAUUUUUUUACAUGAAACGCCUUUUCUUUAUCAGUGCACUAUUUAGUUUUAAUUCAGAUAUGGAUGUAUUUCUGUCUUGAAUGUUGUUCUGUAUGUGAUCAUUGCCUUUUAAGGGGCACUACAAUUUUGCACUGUCAUAGAGAGAUUUUUUGUAGAAAAUCUAACCUUUUUUCUUGCAUUCAAAUGUGCCUAAAAUUUAUAUGCUGCCAUGCUGCAACCCUGUCUUUAGUAGGAAUGCCAUCCUGCUGUGCACCUUCAAAAAAAAAUGCAGUGUACUCCACAAUCUUGAAGUGCCAAUCGGAGAAUAGUAAAAGGAUGCUAGUCAGAGAAUAAACUCAAGAAGCCACUUUAAGCCACCUUAUUGUAUAUAUGAAUAUUUUAAAAAUUAAGCUUUUGUGCACUACAUUCAUCUUUCAUUGUAAAGUUUCCCCUUUACUAUGAGGCUCAUGUGCCAUAAUGUAUUUGUUGAAUUAUUCUGCUCUUUUGCUGAUACAUAUAAUAGUAUAACUGAUGUCUGUUUUAUUAGGAUAUUGCUUUGUUAAAUGAAAGGAAAGGUAAAAUCCUUUCAUUUUUUACCUUCAAAAGAAUGUUACAAAAGCUUCAAAAAAAAUCAGCAGGAUGCAUAAUCUGUUAAGAUUUUCUCAGCUUUGUUGUCAAAAUAAAAUAAUGACCCAUAAAAAGCUC